CUGCAGAAUCUUAUUACCAUCGUCUGAGUCUAAAUACAUUCUAGACAAUGAAAAAUAUCGCGGGGAAAAAUAUAAUGAUAUACAGAUUUACCUCCCUUUGUACAGCUCUCUAACACUAUACACCACCAAAGCUCAUCAGCAUAGCUUGUGACACAGUGCUGUAAAAUGUAAACAGAAGGCGUAAGAUGUGAGGAAGGAUACAGGUAACAUUUUGAGCUUAUUGUGCACCAGAUCAUGUGGAUCAACUGGAAGCUAUAGGAUAUGAAAGGAAUUCUGAAUUAAAAUUGUGCCCAAUAAGUGACAUCUGUGCUUCAGCAGGGACGCUCCAUCAGUGCAAUCAGCCAUGUCAUGGAAAGGGGCGACCCCUAGCACACAGUUCGGGGCCAGCAGUAACUCUGGGACGGGCAGUAAUGUCCCAGAUUACCAGAAAAUGCUCCAGCAUCAUAUAUUCUCAUCAGGCUGGGGCACAAGCGCAAGUAAGGCUACCUCUGAUCGCUACAAUCGUCACUCUGCCUAUCCUCCAGUCUCUCCCCCAGGGACCAUCAGCCCUCCUCUGGCCACACGGACUCGACACACUGACAGCCUAGGUACCACUACCUAUAGCGAUCCAAAGAUAUACAACAGCUACCAGCCAUCAAAAUAUGGCCUUUCCUCGGACAGUCAGUAUGAUGUCUCAUACGUCAAUAAGGAGUUUGGGGAGCUUAAUGUAGAGAACACUGUGAAUGUUAUAAGUGAUGAUACUUUUGAUAAAACUGCUCCAUAUGCUCCAACAAAGUAUGAAUACAAGAGUUAUGACUCUUCUGACCCAUACAAGAAGCGGAGUAAAACAAAUAGUUAUGUGUCAGCUCGGCCCAGGACUACAGACUUUGACUUGGAGAGACCAAGCAUUGCAGCAGACGAUACUGAUUGGUCCUCACCAAAGAAGAGAACAUUGGAUAUAUCUCCAAAUUUGUACAUAACCCCAGCUCGUAGUCGGUCAUCUGUCAGUGAAGCAGUUGACUAUGGUCGUGGAGAAAGGUCUUCUAGACAAACUGUGACCACAACAAAAUCUGCUAUAGAUGAUCUGUACACAGACAAACAAUAUGUGGAAAAUGGAGAUGCCCAUGGCCAUGUGACGGAGAGACCUCCACGUGCUCGUGGGAGAGACUCUACAGGGCGGCGGCCUGUCUCUAUGGGUGCUAUGUCCAGUGACUUAACCAACUGGCAGAAACACCAUCAAGACCAACUUGUUCAUCAACAGAUAGAGAAAGAGGGUGGCUUUGGGAAAACUGGUGGUCAAGGGUUUGACCGUCUGUUCAAUCAAGUCACUAACGGUGAUGACAACCCAGAUAAGUGGAAUUCAGUCAAGCAUGCAGCCGAUGCAGUGAUAUCAGAUAAGGACAUGUACAUUAACAAAUUGAAGAUGCAGAAUAUGCAGUUGGAGGAGGAUAACAAACAGUACGAGGCUAAACUUCGCCGUGCAUUGAUGAGUGAAUCUGACCAAGGCAAUGAAGCUUAUUCACAGAUUAAGGAUUUGGAGAUGAAAAACGUUACAUUGAAGUCGGAAAUGUCUGAGUUGAGGUCGAGAAACAAGGUGGAACUGGAGGAACUGGAAAUCAAACUGGGGGCUGCUGAACAUGAAGUGAUGCAGUUAAGGACAGCACUCAGAAAACGAGCACCAGAAUUCCAGGGAGAUAUACACUCAAAGAUUGACCAAUUGGAAGAUGAAAAAGAGGAAUGGAAGAUGAAGUUCCUGGAAGUGAAGGACGUCCACCACAACCUGAAGCAGAAGCAGGAUGAGUUACAGCGCUACCUUACUAGUCUACCAACACUGGAGGAGGCCGCCAGACAGGAUGACGAGAUCAGAGCCUACAGCGAGGAAAACAAACUACAGAAAGAGCGUAUUGAGGAACUUGAACAGGAACUGUUUGACACUCGUAAAGUCUUGUCUUCUCGUGAUCUCCACAUACAAGAGGUGGAGAACAAAGGGACACAACUGGGAGAGAAACUGUCCAUCCUCACUGAUCAAAUAGAUCGCUUCAAAUCUGUUGGACAGGGAGCAACACUGAGGCAAAAGGAAGAAGAGCUGCAGAAAGCACAGGAGGAGAACGACAAACUCUCUAACGACCUGGACAAGGCAAAGAAGUUAUUAGAGACAUGUCAUCGGAAGAUCCGCCACCAGGAUGUAAAGCACCAGAAUAGCGUGAGGCAGAUGGAGGAGAGGCUCUGUCAGGAGGAGGAGAUGGUCAAUGCUCUGAGGGAGGAAGGGCGUCUUAGAGAUGAACAGAGUGGCAAAAUAAAGGGCACACUCAAGCAGCUGCAGACACAAAACCAGGAAUUACUGGAUCAGAACCUGACGAUGAGGGAGCAAAUCAAACACUUUGAGCAACAGCAUAGUGAGGACAAUCAACGCCUUCAGCGACAGUUCACCACUGAACUUGGCAUCUGCUUCUCCGAGCUUCAGGCACUUGUCCAGAUAUGUGUACAGCGUGCUGAGGGGCAAGACCCUAAUAUGUCUGACCUCCUUGGGGUCAGAGCUGAUGUUGAGACGGCAGCAACUGGUGGUCCACAGGUUGAGGCCCAGACCAUGAAACAGUGGCUAACCAAGACACGGGAACUCCGUACAGAAAUAGAACAACUGCGGGUGAUGAUCUGUAACAAAUACGCUGAGGACAUAGGGGACAACCUCAACUGUACAACCCAGUAAUAUCCUCAAAUGUGUGAUAAACCGUGACCUCAAACAUAUAUAACAUGGCCUCAAAUAUGGCAUCAAAGGACUGCCUGUCUCUUGUCUUCUUGUGGCUUUACUUAUAAUGUCCUACUCAAAUUGGCAUAAAGUGUGUCGGUCUACACUCCUAGUGUUAAUGUUUUAAUUAGAGAGAUCAUAAUUAGGACUAUGACAUUCUAGACACUUACUUAUAUUUCAUAUGAAUGAUUCUAAAGACAUGUCAAAAUUUAAAUACUGCAGGAUAAAGUCAAAAUGUCACUUUUUAGUGAUAUAAAUAUCUAGUCAUGGAUAAGGUAUUAUAAUACUGUAUGGAAUUUUAUGUAGCUUAGAACUAGAAAUUAGACAUCAAAUAUAUACAGAAAAGUGCAGGGAAUUAGUGUAGUAUUAUAUAUAAUCCAGCUUUCUGUUUUAGAAAAUGGCAGAAAAAGUUUAUAAGUUUUGAGGAACAUAUCAAGUGGUAAAUAUGAAUUGAUGUGGAAUAUACAAUUAUUUUCUGUGUUUAGAUAUACAGUUGUAGUCCAUAUCAAGUAAUAUAUAAAUGUUUUUUGCUUUGAAAUUGCAAGCUUUAAUUAAAUUUUUAAGAAGUCACCAAUAUGUGCUGAAAUUUCAGCUGUUUGUAAAGGAUCAGUUUACUGAACUUUAAUGAAAUUUACUUGGGAACCAAAGCAAAAAUUUGGAAGGUAGAAAUAUAAUGAAUUUUUUUUUUUAAUAAAUGUUGACUACUCUGGGGAUGAGAUGGUAAUUGGUGAUUAAAUCGUAUUGUUGAAGUGUAUUUUAAGUAUGUGUAUCGGGAGCGAGAUUGGUGUAAUUAUAUAUUAGUAUCAUCCCAGUUAUUUUUAGAUUUUUUCAUUAUUUCAUGUUCAUACCAGACUGACAUUAGAGACAUAUAACCAGCAUGUCCAUAACUACACUGUACAUAUCAUUGUAGGACUGUAGAACUGAAUUUUCACCUGUUAAUUCAACAUUGUAAUAAGAAUUGAAAUGAAGUUUAUUCAAUUUUUAAUGUUAAAAAAGAAAAAGAGGCAGCUUGGAUGGGUAAAUAUUUCUGUUAAUGCUGAAACUAAAUGUUUAUGUUCAUUAUCACAUGUUCACUCCAUUCAUUGUGUGAUCACUAACUCAAAGAGAGGUAACUCCAUGUUCAAUGUACAAAUGUUGCUGCUGUUAGUGGUUAUGAGAAUUUAAGCCAGUUGUACUUGUGCUCAAAAUUGAUCAAAAUUUACUCUUUAUGUGGAAUUUUCCUUUUACUUAAUAAUCAUCAUAUACUGUCAUUUUUAAGCAAAAUCAAUGACAUUAGACAUUUAUAAUAGCAAAAUAUUCACAUGUAAUGUAUAAUCGAGAAAUCCAUAUAUGGGAUCAAGGCCAAAAGAAUCGAGACAUUUAGUACUGAUAUGUAAUCCAGACUUGAUAUUAAUCCAGAGUUAUUUUCUCUCAUAUUACUGCUUUAAACUUUUGUUUUUGUGUGCAAUUUCAAUAUUACAUUUAAAAAAUCUAUAUUGUUAAUACCUGUAUUACUUGAUCAUCUUCUUGUAAAUAUAUUUUCAGCGUAUGUUUGGUUUUGUACAUCAGGUGAUCCUGACAUUACAUUACGCUACAAUGUAGAACUCACAAACAUCAAGACAAAACAGAACUUUCCAUUCUCAUUUAAAAUACUGGAUAUAUAUUCUCAAGUAUAAACUUUCAUUAAAUCUGAUUUAAGAUUAUUGAAUGGGUAAAACUGCAAUUAGAAUCUCCAAAUAAAUACUACCGUUAAUUGAAGAUUUAGUUUAAUAUAGUUGAUAUUAUCAUAGUAUGUUGUUCAUGUUAAACAUGGGAGAAUUAUGUAUGUGUUCAUUGUUCUUCCAUUUUGAAGUGCCUUACACUUUCAUGUAAAUUUAUUUUCUGUAUUCACAAACCAGUUAUAUAUAUUUUACACUGUAGUUAGACUGUGAUAUUCAUUUAUGUUUUGUGUAUGAAGGCUCCGAUACAACUUACAGGAAAUGAAUAGAAAUGGGUGCUGUAGAUUUUAAUGUUUUCUGGUGUAAAGGUUAUUACUUUUGCUUGGACCUUAUUAUUCCUAUUAGCUAAUAAGAAACUUGUCUUCUGAAUGUUUAUAUUGUUAAAUUUGCAUCUGAAAUGCAUUUUAAAGUAUUGAUGUCAUUUGAAAUGCCAAAAUCUUUUGACAAAUUCAGGUUUGGAACCACGCUAUCUUAAUUGAAAGGCUUGUAAUCAUUUGUUUUCAUUUUAGUGAAUUAAAAAAAAAAAAGAAUGAAAUAUAAAAAAAAAAGGCUAUAAACAUGUAUUUUGGAUAUCUGUUUACUCUCCUUAAGUCACUUUUCAUAGAAAUUUCAAAAUGAUUGAGAUUUUACUGCAUGUACCUAACUUGACAUCCUUUGAAAAGAAUAUUGAACGUACAUGUAUAUUGAUUGUUUUAAAUCCAAGUAAAGAUAAUAGCCUUGACAUUAAGUUUUGUUAGUAUUUAUUUGUUUGUAAUAUUGUAGAUAAGUUUGAUAUUUAUGUAUAGCCAUUGUUCUCAAUGGUGAAUGUAUGUGUUUGAUCUGUUGGUAGCGAGAGUGAGUCUAGGACCUAGGGUCAUGUAACAGUCUAGACACAAGUCCCAAAAAUGAUAUGUGAUUUGCCAAUACCUAUUUAUGAACCUUCAUGAUUUCAAAAUGUUUUCACUUUUUAUUUAUUGACUCAGCUAGACUGUUCCUUGAUUCUGGUACUCAUUUUAAAAAUUUCUGGAUUACAGGCAGAAUUUAAAUAUAUUUGAGCAAAAAAACAAUUUAGUAGUGUUUAUGUUGUCACUUAAACAUUUCUGAUUUUUACAUCUGAGUAUUUGUUAUAACAAGGUCUGAUAAUUCUGCCAACUAUUGAGAAGAUAGAGAUUUAUUUUUGGAAGUUUUCAUGUUUAACAUAUACCGGUACUGUGUUGCAUUCCAUUAUCAUUUCAUCCAAAAUUUAAAUUCAUAAAGCAGGGUUUGAUACAUAUUUUUUGUAAAUUUUUCAUGUCUGAAUCUAUUUUUGAUUUUCAUCAAUCAUUGAAAACAGUCCGAAUGAUUCAAUCUAUUUGUUUUAACAUACUACCAUCUCCUACUUACAGUAAUUUAAAGUGAAUACAUAGAAUCAUUCGAACUACAUUAACAUUGAAUAGCAUUAAAGAAACCAACAUUUUUCUUUCAUAUCACAUACAAGUGUACUGCUGUAUGAAUCUCAUUUGUUUAUAUUCCAUCGUACAUUUUAAGAGUAUAUGUGCUUGUAAAAAUGUCCAUGUUUAUCGUAUUCCUCACAGAUUUAUGAAAUUAAAUGUCACCACCAGUUUUUGCACUGUUAGACAAUAGCUUGCCACUGUAUAGGAAAAGUAUUCUCCCUUUUUGUCACAUAUGUUUAGUGACACAAACAAUUUACAAGAUUUUUUAUGUAAAUAUAUAUAUAUUUGUAUGAUGUGUUUAUGUUAUUAUUGAAUUGUUUGCAUUGUGUGAGGUUGGGCUUGGGCUAUAAAGUAACAUUUGUGGUUAAAUGAUUAAUAUUGAAAAUCGCUGAAAGAUUUGCCUAAGAAUUCUUCUGAUCUAGAUACAGGAGUUUCGGAUUUUUUUAUUUUUUUUAAUUUUCUGUAGACAUAGAUUAUCUUUGUAUUAAAAUAGUCAUCAUAAAAAGACAUGAAAACAUAUCGAGUCCCUGUGUUCAGUGGUGAAAAUGAUUGCUGAAUUGCCAUCCAACAUCUUGGUUUGAUGUGUUAUAGUCCAAAUAUCCAUCAUGAUGUUACAAUAUUGAAUUUGUCCUCUAUAACUGAACAUAAUGAAAGCCUCCAAAAUUCGGACUGGUUAACUGUUCAUCAUAAACAGGCAGCCAGUAGGAAUUAUGUAGCCUGCAAUUAUGGUCAGUUUUAACGGACAAUGUUGAACAUGCAACAUUGCUUAGACCUUACCUACCUGCCCACCCACCAAUCCUGCCCUCCCAGAGGGUCUAGUCACAUGACUAAAGUCUCAUCAGUAUUGUAUUGUAAACCACUGCCAGACCUUUUUGUCUCUUCAGUUCCCUUAGCCAAUCUGGCAGGGUGGAACUGUAGAAAAUGCCAUGGUGUUUCGUCCGUCAACAUGACCAUCACGAAUUCAAUAAAAUUAUUCAAUCUAUGAUACAACUUUAAGGUGUUUAAACUACAUGUAAAUAAUAUCAUCUAAGAUUUUAUCACAAAGGCCUUGCACUAAUUUCCAACACCAUUGUUUUAUAUGUGUAUUAGAAGUAUUGGGGAUAAUAGACUCUGACGAAGAAUAAACUGGACAAUUUUGAAAAAUAUAUUAAACUCAAAUAAAUUUUGUCCACAUUGCUCUUCUUAAGAGCUGCUCACUUGAUACUCAUAAUACACACAUGUAAGGACUGCAGAGUUAAGAAUUGGUGCCAAAUCCCUGUGGGUAACAUUUGAAGUUGAAAAUCAUAGCAUUGUUUCAAAUCUUAUAUAUGUAAUACAGGUAUUGUAUCCUGGGGCCAGUUUCAUCAAUAUUCCUUUAAUUAUGGAAAUUCCUUAACAUAUUUUUUUCGAUAGGAAAGCAUUACAGAGUUUUCAGGAAGGUUCCUUAACAAAUAUUUUUUCCUACAAUUCUGUAUCCAUAUGGACAAUUUUAAGUUAAGGAAUUUUCUUAAGUGAAGGAACAUUGAUGAAACUGCGUCUGAUCUACCAGCUGAGCAGUGUUAGGCCUUUUGGCUUUUGUAUAUAGUUUAUCAUGUGUGUCAAUAUAACUGUGUUUUUUCAGAUUGUUUAUUAAAAAGAUAUAUAAAAAAGA